AUGACGUGUUUUCAACGUGAUGUGGUCGUAAGCGAAUGCUGUCCUUCGUCCCUGGAAUACACCUUUGCGCAGGACGCCAGUCAGUGCUGAACGAGUUCGGAAAUAUUCGGAACUUUUUUAUUUUUUUCAAUGGUUUCAUAGAAAGAGUUCGUGUAAAAGAGCAAACAGACAUGGCUUCUAGAAAUACACAAAAAAAUAAAAGUGAAUUUCUUCUCAAGCCAACUCUUCAAAAUUAUAAAGCAACUCAGAAACUUCAGACUCCUUAAAAACUUGUAAUUUGAUAUUUUUGGAUGGAAAAGAAAAGCAAAAAGCUUACGGCAAGCCGAAUUCCCAAGCCGUCUCCGAUCCAAGUACUACCGGCUCUCAACGUUGCUUAACUUGCCAGAUCGGACGGGAUGGCGUGUUUUUCAACGUGAUGUGGUCGUAA